ACCCCCGGACAACAAAAAGAGUGAAAGUCAACACUGAAAAAACGUCGACGCUGUAGCCUGCGUCAGAAAAUUGCCCUCUACAUUUUUUCGAUGCGAAAUGAAACCAAACAGCGCAAAUGCCGCAAACAGCGCAAACAGCUGGAGAUGGAUUAAUCUCUGCGCUGCCGAUGAUUGGCCUGUUAGCGAACCGGGGGAGAUUUUCCUCAUAUAAAGCCGCCCUUUGUUUUCUUCUCAUUCCUUCUUCUCUAACAGCGUUAAUAUUCUUCCCUGCAGCGGGAUUGAAUCAACUCAGAUAUCUAUGUUACUCGCUAUGGUGACUGUUUAAUAAACAGUAUCUGACAGCUUCCAAGCUACGGGAUUAAUGCAUUCCGUCAGCUGCUCGGCAGACUUGCAAAAAUG